AUGGCGGCCCAUCACCCGUCUCCUCCUACGGGCAUGCAAAUGCACCAUGGCCCGGCAGGUGGCCCUCCUCCGCCAGGAAUGGUGCCGCAACAGCAGCACUUUGCGCCAAUAAUGCAACAGGUGGCUGUAAUUAAUGAGGCUGUAUGGAUGCAAAUUGGGAGUUGUACGGAGCUAAUGAAUAACUUCGAUGAGGCGAUCACUGCUUAUGAGCAUGCCCUUCGCGCCAAUCCCCGAUCUAUACCAGCAAUGAAUGCGAUAAGUUGUAUCUUACGCACGCAGGAGCAGUAUCACAAGGCGGUUGAGUACCUCCAGAGCAUACUCAAGCUAGAAGGCAACAACGGAGAAGUUUGGGGAAGUCUUGGUCAUUGCUAUUUGAUGAUGGACGAUUUGCAGCAAGCAUAUUCCGCUUAUCAACAAGCUCUGUACCAUCUGAGAGACCCCAAGGAACCCAAGCUGUGGUAUGGCAUCGGCAUUCUUUAUGAUCGCUAUGGUUCCCUUGAACACGCGGAAGAAGCUUUCUCUCAGGUCAUGCGCAUGCAGCCAGACUUUGAAAAGGCCAACGAGAUUUACUUUCGUCUCGGCAUAAUUUACAAGCAACAGUCCAAGUAUCAACAGAGUCUCGAGUGUUUUCGGUACAUUGUUUCAGUGCCACCAACGCCCUUGACAGAAGAGGAUAUCUGGUUCCAGAUCGGUCAUGUCCACGAGCAGCAGAAAGACUACGACAACGCGAAAUUGGCCUACAGGCGUGUGCUGGACCGCGACCCGAAUCAUGCGAAGGUCCUACAGCAGCUAGGCUGGCUCCAUCACCAGCAGAAUAACAGUUUCAGCAGCCAAGAGCAAGCGAUCGAGUACUUGGAGAAAUCCGUCGGCUCAGAUCAAAGUGAUGCCCAGAGCUGGUAUCUGCUUGGACGAUGCUACAUGUCACAGCAGAAGUACCCCAAGGCGUACGAAGCAUAUCAGCAAGCAGUUUACCGCGACGGACGGAACCCAACAUUCUGGUGCUCGAUUGGCGUUUUGUACUACCAGAUCAACCAGUACCGAGAUGCACUUGAUGCAUAUUCCCGUGCGAUACGCCUGAACCCGUACAUUUCCGAGGUCUGGUACGACCUGGGCACCUUGUACGAAUCCUGCAACAACCAGAUCAACGAUGCGCUGGAUGCGUAUCAACGUGCAGCGGAACUUGAUCCUGCCAACGCGCACAUCAAAGCCCGUCUUCAAUUACUUCGCAGCGGGCAGGCUGGAAUACCAGUUCAGGCCAGCGCACCUCUGCCUCAAGACGUCCACCCGACAACCUACCAAGCCAGUGGAGCCGUCGGCCCUCCUGGUCCUCAAUGGGGGAACUCUGCUCCUCCGCCUCCACCUCCGGGUCCCCCUCUUGGCCCGCCUGCAAACGGCUGGAGCCGACUCGCUGAGAUCAACCCGCCUCCACACCCCGGCAACCCGUACGAGCAGAGAGACCAAGCUCGGGGCCCCGGUCCCGUACCACCCCCACCACGUGCACAAAGCCCCAGGCAGUCCGAGCAGUUGCGACCUUUUGAACAGAGGUUACCUCCAGGGCCUCCGCAAAACGGCCCACCGCAAGUUGGCCCAACUGGCCCAAGUGGCCCAAGUGGUCGCCGCUCACCCCCUCGAGAGCAGCAUGCUGCAAUGGGACCGUACCCAGGGCUGUCGCAGCCUCCUCCUUCUGGGCCGCCACCACCCCCUCCCCAACGGGUCUCCAACCCCAACUACGCUGGCGCAUCUGUCUUGCCUCCUGCCCAACCCAGCAUGAAUGGCCCUGGUCCUGGCCCGCAAUCCCUUCCACCUUUUGGUCGACCUAAUAGCCCUCCUCGGACAGAGGUUCGCCCAAUCAUUGACAAUCGCAUGCCGUCACCCAAGAACGGGUAUCAACACCAACAACAGUACCCUCAGCCUCACCAUCCAGAUAUUUCUAACCCAGGCGGUAUCGAGGGUGGUGCUCCGGCGCCAGCAUCUGCAUUAGUUGCUGCCGAAGCUGCUGCUGCCGAAAGAAACGUUGACAGGAUUGGUGAGAGACCUCCUUCAGUAGCUUCGUCGGUGGGUCCAAAGCGGAUGCGUGAAUGGGAAGAAGAUACGGCCGUGAAAAAGCCUGCUAAUGAUGAGAAUCGAGCCCGUUUGGAUGACAUGCAUCAUCGUCGUGUAUCGACUUCUCCGCGUGAAAACUUUCGCCGCAGCUCAUCGGAAGCUCGCCGUGCUGAGGAUCAGAGACGCUUGGACGAGCAGCGCCGUUCUGAAGACCAGAGACGUGUCGAAGAUCAACGCCGUGUCGAAGAUCAACGCCGAGUCGAGGAACAGCGUAGAGCCAAUGAUAAUUACCAUCCCUCUGAGGCAGCGCAUCACCCCCCAACGCAUAACAUGCCUCCUCAGAGCCAAUCUCAGAACCACUUGCCACCCAUGCAACAAGGGCCACCUCUCCCUCACACCCCCGUACAUGAGUUGCCUCCCCCGCUCCCUCCUCCUGUGCCCAAGGAUUACUCAGUCGAUGAUAGGGAACAGCGUGAGAGGGAAAAACGUGAGCGAGAGAAACGUGAGAGAGAGCAACGCGAGCGUCUGGAUCAUCCUGCUCCUCUGCCUCCUGUUGGUGAGCCCGAACGUGCUGCACGGAAAAUGGACGUCGACGAAGAUUAUGAUGAUGAUGGGGAGGAGGACAAAAAGGGAGGAAUUCUAUCAGCUGCGGGAUCUGGACCCGGUUCGGCAGCGGGAGAGACGAAAGCCGCGUCCCCAGCUGGAGUAAACCGACAUCUUAAUGGUGCUGUAAAUGGACAGCAAAAAGUAGAAAGCUAG